AUGUCUAUCACUCUUCAAGUCUUGAUUCUCAAAAGCAACUCUGAAUUUGAUAAGCCCGCCACUACGGAUGGCGAGAAGUGGAAGGGGGCCAUGGGCUAUCUCUCAAGUUGUCCCUACUGGUUCAGCUCUAGCUGGGGCCGUCAUCACGAGGCGCUGGACUACGUGACCCUACUCGUCGAAUGGCAAAGCGACGGCGCCACGCACGAGUUCCUCCGCAACUAUUACACGAAAUUCGCCGCUCUCCUAGACCCAUUGCUUGGUGUGCUAUCCAGCCUGCCUCAGGUGGUUGACCUCCACCAGAGCAUCGUGAAACCUUACGUCGUGCCCGGAGGCUAUGCAUUGGGCUCGACGAUUGUGAGGAAGCUGAUCUAUGAUUCCCUCAAUGAUAGCCAACGCUUGGGGAUGAAAACAGCAUUCAGCCUAUACGAUCAGAGUCUAGCUCAGGCGGCGGAUGGUGAUGCAGCUGGAUAUAUUGCUGGAACGGCAGCAUGGGCACUGGAUACAAACAAGAAUCCAACCUCCACUUUGUGGGUGUUAGUAAGCUGGGAGAGUCUCGAUGCAGAGUUGAGCUUUCCAAAGCACUGUUAUGCUGCUCCUCUUGCUUCGCUCACCCUGCCCGCCACUGGGUCCGCCAACCUCCUCGCCAUGUCCGGUAUCACCAGAGAACAGCGGUCGAGGGGAUGGAACGUCAAGUUCUUUAUCGGCAAGGACGCGUCCGCCGGCAUCUACCAACGCGACAACCUCCUCACGAUCGGCGACGUAGCCCGCGAUCUCGAACUCUGCAUCGUCUUCUCGAAUCUGCCAAACGACACCGACGACUGGCAGGCGGUGCUUUUGCCGCGGCGUGUGGACGCAACACCAACGGACAUGCAUAUACAUAUCGCCCUCGACAAAGCCAACAUGGAGCCAUUCCCCGGGCCGACCAUUGUCAUGCAAUACACCUACCUUUUCCACUCCAGCAGCCGCUGCGCUCUUCCAAGCGGGCAGCCACACAGCCCCACCAGUCCCUGCUACCAUAAGCCCCUACCACCAACACGGCGAUACAAUCCGCGCCACGCUGCCAUCAGCAAGCCCUCCUCCACCUCGCGUUCUCGGCAUCCGAGCACGUCGUCCACCCCGAGCGAGAUCGAGAACGAAGAGAUCCCGGUCUCGAUCAUCACACCAGAGACAGCGCGUGGUUUCAUGGGCGCCUUUCGGUCGAAUCUCUUGGGAACAAACCCUGUCUGCGCCAUCAGCGGCAAGGGCAAAUCCUGGGUCGAUGGCUUGCCCGGCACGGGCAUCGAAGCCGCGCAUAUUGUUCCCCAGAUCCACUGGGCUGUCUACCCGCUCGACGCUGUGAAUAGUGCUGGUCUCGAGGAACGCCCCAGUGUCGAGGACCGGCCGAGGCUAGAGAUGGCGUGGCGGCGGACGUGGAUGUCCUCCAAUGGGCUACCUCUGCUCAGUCACCUGCACAAGUGCUUCGAAGCCCGACUCGUCUCGAUCCACCCGUCGACCCGCCGAGUCCGCGCCUUCGUCGAGUACGAUAUCCUUACCGAACACAACGGGCAACAAGCCCAUCUGCCGCCAGCCAUCGAUACCGACGCUGAGGCAUUGCAGUACCAUUACGAUAUGUGUUGUAUCGAGAAUAUGAUUGCCGCAUGGAUCCCCGAUGCAACCGCCCUGCUGGAUCGUCGCGAAGCACCCUUGGUAGCACCGCAACAAAAUGCCCCCGCAGGGUCUACCAGUGGGCAAGGAACAAUAGACAACAGUCGCGACGCUUCGGGCCAGGAAACAUCGACUCGUCAAACAUCCGUCUCCCAAGAUAUCCCUCCCGCGUCUGGCCACACCACCCACCCACCCUCCCCGCCCCCUAGUAACGUGGGCGGGCCCAGGUGGAUGUGCGGGGCCGAGGUGAUAGACGACCUACAAGAAGCUGCGGAGCUACUGAAGCACGGCUGGAUCCUUCAGGAAGUUGGCGCCGGAGAAGAGGAACGCGGUCGGUCCUCCAAGAGACGGCGAUGUACUACGACGGACGCGGACAGCGGCGGUGACAACGAGCAGCCAAGCAAGAAACAGCGGCUUGCUGUUACAGGCUUGUCGCCGGAUAGCAGCAAUGAUUGA